AUGUCCUCCCUCCUCAGCUACCUCGGACUCCGCGAGUCCCCCUCCCCAUCAUCCCCCCCAGGCGGCACCCGCGCCCUGCCGGCCUCCUGGUACACCAGCCAAGAGAUGUUCGAGCUGGAACGCCGCGCCAUCUUCAGCCGAAAGUGGCUCAUGACAACCCACAGAAACCGCCUCGCCAACACCGGCGACUGGCUGCGCUACGAAGUCGCCGGCUUCACCUUCGUGCUGGUCAAGGACCGCACCGGCGCCAUCAACGCCUUCCACAACAUCUGCCGCCACCGCGCCUUCCCCGUCGUGACCGAAGACCAAGGCUCCAGCCGCAUCUUCUCCUGCAAAUACCACGGCUGGUCCUACGGGCUCAACGGGAAACUCGCAAAAGCCCCAGGCUACCAAGACCUCAGCGGCUUCGACAAGAGCAAAAACGGCCUCCUCCCCAUCCACGUCCACGUCGACAACUACGGCUUCAUCUGGGUGAACCUCGACGCAAAAGAGAGCCCCGAGAUCGCAUGGGACGACGACUUCGCGGGCAUUGAUCAGCAGCCGCGCAUGUCCUACAUCAACUGGGACGACUACGUCUACGACCACACCUGGGAGCAGGGCGGCGACUUCAACUGGAAGAUCCUGGCGGACAACUACAACGAGUGCUACCACUGCGCGACGACGCACCCGGACAUCCCGGCCGUCGCAGACCUGAGCACGUACUCGGUCGACACUCGAGACGGGAGCAUCAUCCACGACGCACACAGCAAGCCCGAGCAAGUCGAGCGCGGCCUCAAGGUCGCGGCGACAUACUACUUCCCGAACGCGAGCAUGAACGUGACGCCGAACUUCUUCUUCACGCAGCGGUUUGUGCCGAUCAGCCCGACGAAAACGAGCAUGAAGUACGAGGUGUUCCGGAACAAGAAUGCGUCUGACGAAGACUUUGCGCUGGUUAACGAGAUGUAUAAGCGCAUUAUGAGCGAGGAUAAGUACCUGUGUGCGUAUGCGCAGCGGAAUCUGAAUGCCGGGGUCUUUGUGAAUGGGGAGCUGCAUCCGACGAUGGAGAAGGGGCCGCUUUAUUUCCAGAAGAGUGUGAGGGAUCUGGUGGUCGGGCACUUUGAGAAGGAGGAGAAGGGGAAGGGCGAGAUCUGGCCGGCCAGGCAGAUUCUGCCCAAGGAGAGUGAGGUUUCUGAGAAGGAUGUGCUGUUUUGCUCGGGCUUGAAGUGUCAGGAGGCUGGAGGGCCGACGGAUGGGGCGUGUUUGGGGGCUCAGCCGGCGGCGGCGGUUGCUUGGUAG